UGUCACGUGACCGCACGGCCAGGCAGCCAGGCCGAGAGAGCAAGAGCAGCAGUGAGGUGAAUGCGCCGGGUCAGGUCCGGUGCUGGGAAAGUCGAUCGCAAAAAUUCAGGCGUCCAAUUAGCACUAGGCGAGCCGAGGCGGCCCGGAGCGAUGGACGCGCGUAAGCUCACGGAGCUGCUGCGGGCGACGAUCGACCCCGCGCAGCAAAAGGAGGCGGAGGGGCAGCUCACCCAGAUUCACAAAAUUAUCGGCUUCGCGCCGUCGCUCCUGCAGGUGGUAAUGUCAAACGAAGUCGAUAUGCCCGUCAGGCAGGCCGGUGUAAUUUAUCUAAAAAAUUUAAUUACUUCAAAUUGGGCCGACAAGGAAGUGGACGGUGGGCCCAUAGAAUUUAGCAUUCACGAGCAGGAUCGUGCAAUGAUACGCGAUGCCAUAGUAGACGCUGUGGUACAUGCCCCAGACUUAAUUAGAGUACAAUUAGCAAUGUGCAUCAGUAAUAUAGUUAAGCACGACUUUCCCGGACGAUGGACACAAAUAGUGGACAAAAUUACAAUAUACCUUCAGAAUCCAGAUGCUUCGUGUUGGCCUGGUGUUCUCCUCGCGCUGUAUCAGCUUGUCAAAAAUUUCGAGUACAAGAAAGCAGAAGAGAGGGGACCAUUGAACGAAGCGAUGAACUUGUUAUUCCCUAUGAUCUACCAAUUGAUAUUACGCUUAUUGCCAGAUUCGUCCGAGCAGUCUGUCCUGCUUCAGAAGCAGAUAUUGAAAAUUUUCUUUGCGCUCACACAGUACACGCUUCCCCUUGACCUUAUUUCGAAAGAGAUAUUUUCACAAUGGAUGGACGUAGUAAGACAAAUAGCCGACAGACCGGUACCGCCGGAGACUAAUAACCCAGAUCUUGAUGAUGACGAACGCCUGGAACUGCCUUGGUGGAAAUGUAAAAAGUGGGCGUUGCAUAUUUUACACAGAAUGUUCGAGAGAUACGGCAGUCCAGGAGGUGUGACCAAAGAAUAUAACGAAUUCGCCGAAUGGUACUUGCAAACCUUCAGUGCUGGUAUUCUCGAGGUUCUUCUAAAGAUCUUGGAUCAAUAUCGUAGAAAAAUUUAUAUCUCCCCUAGAGUAAUACAGCAAUCAAUCAAUUAUAUCAAUCAGGGAGUGAGCCACGCGUUUUCUUGGAAAUUUUUGAAGCCUCACAUGUUUGAAAUCAUACGCGACGUUUUAUUCCCCAUUCUCUCGUAUUCUGCCGCUGAUGAGGAACUGUGGAAUACCGAUCCGUACGAAUACAUCAGAGUAAAAUUCGAUAUUUUCGAAGAUUUUGUAUCGCCGGUAACGGCAGCGCAAACUUUGCUGCACUCGGCGUGUCGAAAGCGAAAGGAUAUGCUACAAAAAACGAUGCAGUUUUGUCUAGAGGUAUUAACUAGUCCAAAUGCAGACCCAAGGCAAAAAGAUGGCGCGUUACAUAUGAUUGGCAGUUUAGCCGACGUUUUGUUAAAAAAGAAGGUUUACAAGGAACAAAUGGACAAGAUGUUACUGCAAUAUGUAUUUCCCGAAUUCAAUAGUCCCCAUGGACAUAUGCGAGCAAGGGCCUGCUGGGUGAUGCACUACUUUUCGGAAAUCAAAUUUAAAUCGGAACAAAUUUUAGUUGAGGCAAUCAGUUUAAUUACAAAUGCUCUUCUGACAGAUCAUGAUUUGCCUGUUAAAGUUGAAGCGGCCAUAGCGCUCCAGAUGAUGCUUUCGUCACAAUCAAAGGCUCAGAAGUACAUCGAACCAUUAAUUAAACAGAUAACACUCGAAUUGCUGACGAUUAUAAGACAAACUGAAAACGACGAUCUGACGAGUGUUAUGCAGAAGAUUGUCUGUACAUACACUGAGCAACUAGUUCCGAUCGCUGUAGAAGUCUGUCAGCAUUUGGCUGCUACAUUUAGCCAAGUGCUUGAAACAGAUGAAGGCAGCGACGAGAAGGCAAUAACAGCAAUGGGCCUCCUGAACACAAUAGAAACAUUACUAACGGUAAUGGAGGAACAGCCCCAAAUCAUGUCGCAACUUGAACCGAUUGUCCUCCAAGUAGUAGCUCACAUCUUUGGACACAGUGUAAUGGAAUUUUAUGAAGAAGCGUUAUCGCUAGUUUACGACCUAACGGGUAAAGGCAUAUCUGAAGACAUGUGGAAGGUCCUAGAACUCAUGUAUCAACUCUUUCAAAAAGAUGGUUUUGACUAUUUCACUGACAUGAUGCCCGCGUUACAUAAUUAUAUCACAGUCGAUACUCAGGCGUUUUUAUCGAAUGAAAAUCACAUUCUUGCUAUGUUCAACAUGUGUAAAACUGUAUUGACUGGUGAUGGUGGUGAAGAUCCAGAGUGUCAUGCUGCCAAGUUACUAGAAGUUAUAAUUUUGCAAUGUAAAGGACAUAUAGAUCAGUGUAUACCAUCACUUGUGCAAUUAGUUCUUGAGCGCCUAAUGCGCGAAGUUAAAACUUCAGAGUUGCGAACGAUGUGUCUUCAAGUAGUUAUUGCCGCUUUAUAUUACAAUCCAGCGCUCUGUCUUGAAACAAUGGAUCGAUUGCAAAGAAACUUCGAUCAGUCGACGGAGCCGCUUGCUUCACGUUUUAUCAAGCAAUGGAUCAACGACACUGAUUGCUUUUUGGGCUUGCACGAUCGUAAAUUAUGCGUUCUUGGACUGUGUACAUUAAUCAGUAUGGGACCUGCGAGACCAGCUGCUGUUAACGAAUGCGCAACGCAGAUUAUUCCAUCCUUAAUCUUGCUGUUUGAAGGUUUGAAGAGAGCGUAUGCUGCUAAAGUUACAGACGGAGACGACGAUGACAACGACGAGGACGAAAGUGAUAUUGACGAAGAGGUUUUAUCAUCCGAUGAGGACGACGUCGACGAAGCCAAUCAAGAGUACCUCGAGAAAUUGCAGGAUAAGAUAACACGGACGUCUGCCCAACAUGGCUUUAACGUUAAUGCGACUAUACAAGACGGUCAUGGUGAUCACAGGUCAGAUGACGAUGACGACGACUCAGACUACGACGGUAAUGAGGAGACUGCUCUCGAAAGCUAUACUACACCCCUAGAUUCAGACGAUUCUAAUCAAGAUGAAUAUGUUGUUUUCAAGGAAGUUAUACAAAAUAUUGAAAGAACCGACGUGACCUGGUAUAGAGCCUUAACGAGUCUUCUAAGCCCUGAGCAAGAGAAAGCUCUACAAGAAAUUAUUCUUUUGGCGGAUCAGCGCAAAGCAGCUUUAGAAAGCAAAAGGAUCGAGCAGAGUGGAGGAUAUGUCUUUCACUCACAGACUGUGCCCACCUCAUUCAACUUUGGUGGAACACCUUUAAGUCGAUAAAGACUUGUAAUCAUUUCAAUUUUAGAUUAAAAAGCCAGGGAUACUUUGCAUGUGACAGAAUUCAAAUUAUAUGUAUAUACAUAUAUUUUAUACUUUAUAAAAUUCAAAUUGUUUCGUACGUUAGAAAAAGUUGUAUGAUCGUGAUCAAUACAUUACACGAUACUUCUAAUUGAGAAAUAAAUCUAAUUGAUACGUCAAUAAUAAAAGAAAAAAUGUUAGUAUGCACACAUCAUGAUAUUAAGAAAUUAUUUUUCCAACGUGAUCGAUUAUAUUUCAAUAAAUCUUUCGUAAUUUUCUUUUGCAGUGCCCUGCUUUUAGAUUGGCUCCUUUGGAAUUGUCUCUAUUGAUUUCUUGCAGUGUUUAUCAGAGAUACAUGUACAGCAUAAAAGCGAGUUUUAGUAUCGUAUCUAUUUUAUAAACAGUACGACGCAAUCAAAUAAAGAUACCAUCGCUCCUCGCACUGUAAUCCGAGCUCGCGACCCGUCAUUUGGUACGGUUGAAAUCUUUGCAUGAAAUGAGAAGAGGUUUAUUGAUUGCGUCAGUUUUCAAUGAAAAAUGUUUUAAAAAAAGUGCCUUGAGACGUUGACGCGCAGACGGGACCUAAAUUAAAGAAUACAGCAAAAUAAGCUGUAGGUCGGAGUGAGGCCAGGACACUUCUCUAGUUUCUAAGUUCUAUAAGUACUGUAUUAAAGAAUAAUAAAUUAAUAACUGAUAGAGAGAAGAGACGAGAAAGCUGUUCCUUUGCUCUUUAGGAUACGAAUCGUAACUUCUUUGUAACGAAUAUUUACCACACACACAUAUAUACACAUACACACACACAUUCUCUCCGUAGUUUUUAUAUAAUGAAUAAAAUAAAUUAUAAAUAAUCGUAGCGGCGACAAGUCUUAUAAUAAAAUCACAUAUACGCUUAAGUCUUGAUAUUGUAUAAACUGAUACGAGGUAAGAUAAUUAUACUGGUGCUUUAAUAUACGGAUGAAGUUUAUAGAAACUUCGUUAUUAAACUGAAAAUGUA